AUGGUGGCUCUCCUUCGAUCGUCGGACUCGUCGGACCGCCUAGCAUGCACGGCCAUUCUCUCUGCGCUUGUGGACAUGGAGACGCUCGAGGAAGCCCAGAAGACACGCAUGGCGAUGCAGCUCAAGUCGCUUCUAAACGGCACUGACCUGGCGGUGAGCCAGGAGGCGGUGAAAAUCUACAGCAGGCUAAUCAACAAGCGGUGGGCCAUGGUCAGCUCCUCAAUGGAAGCCGAGGUCAAGCGCAGCCUCGAGUGGCUGGGCAACGAGCGCAACGACGUGCGCCGCAUGACUGCAGUGCUGAUUCUCGAAGCAUCCUGCAAGAGCGCGCCCUCGGCCAUGUAUUCGUACGCGUACAAGGUUCUGACAGCGCUGACCCCACAGCUGCGUGACCACAGGUCCGAGAUGCGUGUGGCCGCUGCGCGUGCCCUUGGCUCCUGCCUGGUGCUGAUCUCCAGUCGCGAUACCGCUGUCAAGAACCAGUGGUACAACUACCUAUACGAGGAGAUGGGUCAGGGCCAGCCAGAGCUGAUUGAGCACGGCAGUAUGUUUAUGAGAGCACACUUUGGCGAUAUCAGCGAGCUGGUAAUGCGCCUCAAGGACCAGCGCGACCAGGUGGUGCGCCGCAGUGCAAUCGCCAUGCUUCCGGUGUUGGCGCGGUACAGCCCAGGCGACUUUGUAAAGUACACGGUCAACGGAGAUGUUGCAUUUGCUGCCCUCGGAAACGUCGCGUUGAACUGCAAGGCCGAGUUCAGGCCGUACAUCGAGCACACGACGAGGGCAAUCAGAGACGUGCUCAUCCAGCGGUACAAGUCGGGAGUGCCGCCGUCGACUACCGACGAGACAUCGGUUGCAGUGCUUGAGACAAUCGCAAGGCUCGCCCAGGCCAUGGGACCGGCGAUGACACGGUACCUGCGCGAGCUCUUGGAUCUCAUGUUCACAACUGGCUUGAGCACAGCGCUGUGCGACUCGCUGGCGAUCAUCGCGACCGAAGUCAGCCAGCUGGCGAGAGCCAUCCAGGACCGGCUGCUGGAUAUGGUCUCGAUUAUCCUGGUUGGUGUUCCGUUCAGACCGACGCAGCCAGGCAUAGAUACGUUCGAGGCGCGCAUGGGGUCGAUGUCGCUGCACUAUUCGGCAUCGGCGAACCCGGCGAAUGAGCCAGCACCAGGUGUCCACCGCGGCGACCCGACGUCGCUGGUUGUAUCUGCUGCCACCAACACCAAUGUCACGCCUGAUGUGCUCGUCCUGGCACUCAACACGCUCAGCAGCUUUGAUUUCAGCCAGGAGAACCUGUCAGAGUUUGUGCGCAACGAUGUGCUGCAGUACCUGACCAACUCGUAUCCAGAGGUGCGCAUGGCGGCGAUCAACGCGGUGUCGCACAUUGUCCUGUCUGACCCGCUCUACCAGAUGCUGGCCGGUGCUGGCGUCGAGCGGUUCACCGAUAUUGAGGCCGAUGUGCGGCUCAUGGCGGUCCGGAUGCUUGAGCAAGGAAGCUGCUUUGACUUCCACAUGGGCAAGGCACAGAACAUCCAGAGCUUGUUUCUGCUGCUCAACGACGAGGUCUUCGAGGUUCGGCUUAAGGUUCUGGCUGUGAUCGGGCGCCUGGCAAACAUGAACCCUGCCCACGUUAUGCCGUCGCUGCGCCGCAUGGUCGUCCAGCUGCUCACCGAGCUUGAGUACGCACACAGCAACGCCGAGCGCGAGGAGUGCAUCGAGCUGCUGAUGAUGCUGGUCAGCUCGGCGGAGAACUGGGUGCGGCCUUAUGUCGGCGACAUCUUCAAGACCAUCUUGCCGCGCAUGGACGAUGCGUCUCCGCAGCUGUCGAGCAAGUUUUUGGAUACGGUAGCCGCAUUGGCGCGCGUCGGGGGCAGCGACCUGGUGCCGCAUCUGGACCGGCUGUUGGCCAGCAUAAUCCAGGCGCUGGGCGACCAGUCGAGCUCGCAGAAGCGGCUGUCGGCACUCAAGGCCCUUAGCAACUGCGCAACGUUCUGCGGCUUGGUGAUCACGCCAUUCGUGGACCAGCCGACACUAUUCAGCACGCUGAUCGGCAUGCUGAAAUCAGACCCGAACGAGACCGUCCAGCUUGAGGUGCUGCGUGUCAUCGGCGCCCUUGGAGCCAUUGACCCGCACAAAUACACCAACGGACAGUCGGCAUCGUCUAGCAGCAGCAACUUGACGGCGGGCACAGUGACGAAGAAGUCGAGCAGGAAGAAGUCGGGCAAACACGGCAAGAGACAUGGCGGUGGCGGCCCAGCACCCAACGUUAUGGAGACGUUCGUCGACGACAAGUCAAACGAGAUGCUGGACGGCGAUCUGCCGCUUAGCUCGUACGGAACCACGUUCAGCAACGACUCGUACUACGCGACAGUGUCGGUUGGCGCGCUGCUGCGGAUUCUCGAUGACCCAGCAGAUGCGACAUUCCAUAGACAGGCGGCACAGGCGCUGAUCUCGAUGUUCGGUCCACUGCAGAACAGCUGCCAGCCGUACCUGGCUAGCGUCGUCCCAGCGAUUCUGAAGGCGAUGGACGCAGCGCCAGCAGACCAGGCCCAGUUCUACAUCGAGAACCUGGGUUUGAUCGUGGCAAUCGCAAAGGAGCUAGUCAGACCGUACAUUGAGCCUGUCUUCGAGCUGUUUGAGCCCGGGGUCCCAAUCAGCGCCCACCAGCAGACCGCCACCAUUGGCCUGAUCGAAGUGCUUGCCGAGGCGCUGUCUGGAGACUUUGGCCGGCAUAUCUCGACGGUGCUGCCGUUCUUAAUCACUGUCAUCGACAACGACAAGAACGACUCGCGGCACACCACUCAGCGAGCGCUGCACGCUCUGCGCAUUCUGAGCCCCAGCCUGGAUGGCUACCUGUUUCUGGUCAUGCCGCGGCUCAUUGCGCUGCUUGACCCGUCUUGUCAGCCCUUGACCGUCGUCGAGGGAACUCUGGAGACCAUAUCGUCGGUUGUGUCGUCGGUCAACUGCCGCAGCUUCGCGUCGCGCAUCGUGCUGACGCUGGUGCGGCUGCUGCAGCGCACGCCGUCGCAGACCCUGCAGACAGCGGUUAUGGACACGUUCUGCGCCAUGAUGCAGCAGCUGCAGGACGAUUUUACGCUCUACAUGCCGACGAUCAACGCGACGAUGCAGACGUGUGGGAUCGUCCAUCACGAGGACUACGGGCAGUACUCGCGACUGCUGUUUUCUGGCCGGCUGAUCCCCAAGGACCCGCAGCGUGUACAGCCGAUGCUGCAGGUCGAGGGAUCGCAGCCCGAGGCGCCGCUCGGUCAGGCAGCAGACAGCAGCCGCCGCCUCCGGAUCAACGUCAUCUCGCUGCGCCGGGCGUGGAGCACAACGCAGCAGCGCGUCACCAAGGAGGACUGGCUCGGCUGGCUCAACCAGUUCGGCGUCGAGCUGCUCCAGCAGUCACCGUCGCCGGCGCUGCGCGCAUGCUCAAACCUGGCCUUCAAGCACCCGCGGCUCAACAGCGACCUGUUCAACGCCGCGUUCGUCUCGUGCUGGACCGAGCUGACUGGUCAGUACCAGCAGGAGAUCAUCACGGCGCUACAAGACGUCGCAUCGAACGAGAAGGUGCCGGCGGACAUCCUGCAGACGAUCCUGAGCCUUGCCGAGUACAUGGAACGCGACGAGAAGCAGAUCCCGAUCGAUCUGAAGCUGCUGGGCGAGUAUGCCGACCGGUGCCAUGCGCUCGCGAAGGAGCUGCACUACAAGGAGGCCGAGUGGACGCUGGAAAACAACUACGAGACGGUCGAGAAGCUGAUCGAGCUCAAUCAGAGCCUCGACCAGCACGACGCGGCGGUUGGCAUGCUCAACUAUGUGCGCAAGGAGCACCCCGAGUUUGAAGAGAGCGUCGAAUGGUACUUCCGUCUGCACCGCUGGGAUGAGGCACUGGCGAUCGUCAACCGCCAGGAGCACGUGGAGGGCCACUCGUACUCAGUCAUCAACAUGAAGCUGCGCUGCCUGUACGAGAUGUCCGACUGGGACCGGCUCGUGCCUCUCUUUAACCGCGUUUUCCACGAGGGCAAUAACCAGAUGCACAUGGCGGCCGCGAACAUCGGCGUCAACAUGUCGUGGGCGCUGGGCGACGUUGAGGGUCUCGAAAAGUAUACGCCGAUCUUGCCCAAGAAGAGUCGCGAUCGCACGUUCAGCGAAGCGCUGAUUGCGGUCUACCGCAACAAGAUCGGCGAUGCGGCCGAGGCGAUUAAGAGGGCUCGGGGCGAGAUGGAGAAUGAGUUCGCGUCGCACUUGACCGAGUCGUACAGCCGCGGGUACACGCAGAUGUUCCGCUGCCAGAUGCUGACUGAGCUCGAGGAGGUCAUCGAGUUCAAGGCCGCGCACGAUAACCGCGAGCGGCAGAUGGCGAUUACCAACACCUGGCGGCAGCGGAUGCAGGGCGUUCAGCGCGACGUCGGCAUGUGGCAGCGGCUGCUGCGGCUGCACAGCAUGGUGCUGCGGCCGGUGCUUGAUCUGGAGACGUGGAUCAAGUUCAUCAACCUUGACGAGGCCAAGUACAUGGACGAGACGCUGCGCGGUGACCCGGAGACGCUACCGCCGAUGCUGGUGCAGCAGGCGCACGAGUAUGCCCGGCUGAAGGAGAUGAACCGGCAGAAAGGGUUGGCGCUCGACAUAUCGAUCCGCCAGUCGCAGCAGCCAGCCUUGGUCUACGCGUAUCUGAAGUACCAGUGGGCUGACAACCGUCGCCGGGACGCAUUCCAGGGCUUGGAUACGUUCACCACCGAGUACGCGGCGCAGCUCCGGUUCGAUGUGCAGAACCCACACACGUUCAUCGACCAGCUGGACGCUGCGACGUCGCUACGGGUACGUCUGCUGGCACGCUUCUUCUUCAAGAAGGCCGAGUGGCUCACCAGCAUUCAGCAGAAUGCGAAUCUGGUGCAGGAGGCGAAGAGCAAGGCAGCCCUAGGCGCCGAUGACAGCCAUUACUUGCCGCAGCGGUUCGACCGGCGCGGAUCGGUGAGCAGACGGUCGGGCCGGAGCAUAAGGUCACCGGAGGCCGACCGCGACGCAGAGUUCCUGUCGCGGAUGAAGGUUGGCCCGAUUAACGAGGUGAUCCUGAAGUCAUACCAGGCGGCGACAGUGCUUGACCGCAAAUGGUACAAGGCGUGGCACUCGCUGGCGCUGCGCCAUUACUACGAGACGCAGAAGAUUGACAGCGAGCUCAGCAUCGUGCCAGAGAACGUCAUCGAGAAGCAUGUGGUGCCGGCGGUCCAUGGGUUCUUCCGCGCCAUCCAGCUCUCGAAGAGCGAUACGACGCUUCAGGACACGCUGCGACUGCUGACGGUGUGGUUCAACUACUCCCAGCACUCGUCGGUUGCGCAGGCGGUGCUGGACGGAUUCAACACCGUCUCGAUCCGCACCUGGCUGCAGGUGAUUCCGCAGAUCCUGGCGCGCAUCCAUAUCAAGUCCGAGAGCACGAGCCGGCUGAUCCAGCAGCUGCUGGUCGAGGUGGGCAAGUUCCACCCACACGCAAUCCUGUUCUCGUUGUACGUAGCGGCGCGCUCGAACCACACGGACCGUAGCCACGCGGCCAAGGAUGUGCUGCACAAACUGCACGAUCUGACGCCGGAGCUGGUCGAGGAAACCGAGGUCGUCAGCCGCGAGCUGAUCCGCGUCACGCUGCUGUUCCCCGAGAUGUGCCGCGACGCGCUGGACAUCGCGUCCAAGCACUACUACGGCCAAAACGACCCGGUCAGCAUGAUCAAGGUGCUGAAGCCGUUCCACCAGCGUGCACGCAACCCGGAGACGCUGCGCGAGUACCACUUCGUGCAGAUGUUUGCCAACGAGCUUGCAGCUGCCGACGAGUACACGACGCAGUACAUGGCUGGUGAACCCGGACGACGCAACGAGGCGCUGAUUCAGCAGGCGUGGGAGGCGUACUAUGUGAUCUUCCGUCGCAUUGAGAAGCUGUUCCCGGAGCCGACGUCGCUGGCGCUCAAGGACACGGCACCGACGCUUCUCGAGUGCCGCGAUAUGCACCUGGCCGUUCCAGGUACGUACGAUCCAGACCGGCCACUUGUCCGGAUCACGUCGUUCGACCCUGUUGUACAUGUAUACAACACAAAGCAGCAUCCUCGUCGCGUCGGGAUUUUCGGCUCUGACGGCAAGGAGUACACGUUUGUGCUCAAGGGUCACGAGGAUCUGCGCCAGGACGAGCGCGUUAUGCAGCUGUUCGGUCUGAUUACGUCGCUGCUGGCCAGGGACCCAGAGACCGCGAGGCGUGCGCUGACAAUCGAGCGCUACCCGACCAUGCACGAGGUCAUUCGCGACUACCGCGAUUCGCACAACCAGCCGCUGAAUCUGGAGCAGCGCAUGGCGAUGCAGUUCUCGCCGAACUGGGAGACGCUGACGGUCAUGCAGAAGCGCGCGAUGUGGUACAAGUCGCCCAAUGCCGAGACGUGGCUCGAGCGGCGCACGACGUACACACGCUCGAUGGCGGUCAUGUCGAUUGCCGGCUACAUCCUGGGACUCGGUGACAGGCACCCUUCAAACAUCAUGCUGCACCAGCGCUCGGGCAAGGCUGUGCAUAUUGACUUUGGCGACUGCUUCGAGAUUGCUUCACAGCGCGAAAAGUACCCCGAGACCGGUUCCGUCAGCUCGAUCGAGGGCUCGUUCAAGUUCACGGCCAACCACACGAUGCGCGUGCUGCGUGCGAACCGCGACUCGCUGAUGGCUGUACUCGAGGCCUUUGUGUUUGACCCACUGGUGUCGUGGUCGUACAUCCAAGACCCGGAGUCGAACACAAACCAGGAAGCGGCCAACGGCACUGGCAAUGUUUCAGCGCAGCAGAAGCAGCAAAACCAGGCGCAGCUGAAGAGAUGGAACAUGGGCCAGGGCGGCAGCAGCAAUGCGAUCGAGGGCGGCAGCCGGCCCGAUGAGAAGGUGACGAGGGCCGGCAAGACCAAGAUGGCCGACUUUGCUGGUCUCGAUGACAAGGGGUGGCAGGUCGGAAACCCAAAGGCCAAGGCCAUCGUCAACCGGAUCUCGAGCAAGCUGCUUGGCACCGAUUUCGACCCGAACGUACAGCUGACCGUGGCCGCGCAGAUCGACAAACUGAUCCAGCAGGCAACGUCAUCGGAGAACCUGGCUGUGCUGUAUCCAGGAUGGGUCCCGCUGUGGUAG